AUGAAGAAGGGGCUCAGCAAGCACAUUAAGAGGGUGAUGGUGAUGAUCACCAUUAUUUUCGUUGCGCUAUCACUAAUUCCUGAUAAUUAUGCUGGAGAUAACCUAAAUAUUACUCCUCUAAGGUUAAAGGCAUAUGGUGGCAAUUUCACAGAAGGUGUAAAGAAUAAGGCCAACUAUCACAUUGCGAAGGCGAUAGCCAUGAUGCCCAUUAUUGUAGGCGCCCUCCACAUUCUCCUCAUUGGAGUAUUUAUCUGGAAAAUGGGAACGUUUAAUGGUCUGGAAUUAAGUGAAAAAGUCAAACCUAGCACGGAGUCGAGUACAAAAUUUAGUGAUGUUAAGGGGGUUGAUGAGGCCAAAGCUGAGCUAGAAGAAAUCGUCCAUUAUCUUCGUGAUCCUAAGCGAUUUACGAGUGUAGGAGGUAAGCUGCCUAAGGGGAUUUUGCUUGUUGGUCCACCUGGGACAGGUAAAACCAUGUUAGCAAGAGCCAUUGCUGGAGAAGCCCAAGUACCAUUCUUCUACAAAAGCGGCAGUGAGUUUGACGAAAUGCUUGUUGGUGUGGGAUCAAGGAGAGUGAGGGAUCUAUUUGCUGCAGCAAAGAAGCGGUCUCCAUGUAUUAUUUUCAUUGAUGAGAUAGAUGCAAUUGGAGGGAGCCGUAACCCCAAAGAUCGGCAAGGCUCGCUGACACUGAAUCAGUUUCUUGUCGAGCUUGAUGGCUUUAAACAAAAUAAUGGAGUUAUUGUAAUUGCUGCAACCAACUUCCCCGAGUCUUUGGAUAAAGCACUUGUAAGACCUGGACGUUUUGACCGAAAUAUUGUUGUUCCCAACCCAGAUGUUGAAGGACGGAGACAGAUACUGGAAUCUCACAUGUCUAAGGUUCUUAAAGGAGUAGAUAUUGAUCUAAGUAUUAUUGCCAGAGGAACACCGGGGUUCUCAGGUGCUGAUCUUGCAAAUAUGGUGAACGUUGCAGCUCUCAAAGCAGCAAAGGAUGGUGCGAAAGCAGUGAGCAUGACUGACUUGGAAUAUGCCAAGGAUAAGAUUAUAAUGGGAAGUGAACGCAAAUCAGCUGUGAUUUCUGAUGAAUCUCGAACAUUAACGGCUUUCCGUGAAGGUGGUCAUGCUUUAGUAGCCAUCCACACAGACGGAGCUCGUCAAGUUCACAAAGCAACAAUAGUUCCACGUGGAAUGUCUCUUGGAAUGGUAGCGCAAUUGCCCGAUGAAGAUGAGUCUAAUGUUUCUCGCAAGCAAAUGCUAGCUAGGUUAGAUGUUUGCAUGGGUGGACGAGUAGCGGAGGAACUUAUAUUUGGCGAUAGUGAAGUUACAUCAGGUGUAUUCUCUGAUCUCCAACAGGCAACAUCUUUAGCAAGAGCAAUGGUCACAAAAUAUGGAAUGAGCAAAGCAGUUGGACUCGUAGCUCACAAUUAUGAUGAUAAUGGGAGGAGUAUGAGCACUGAAACUAGACUUCUUAUAGAAGAAGAGGUGAGAGGAUUCUUGGACAGGGCUUACAAUAAUGCGAAGACAAUUCUAACUACCCACAGCGAAGAACUCCAUGCACUAGCUAAUGCUCUACUCAACAAAGAAAUACUCACGGGAACCCAAAUCAAAGCUUUACUUACCCAAGUCAAUUCGAAGCAAAUGAACCAACCAACACAACAAAUUGUCACAUCACAGAAUAGUGGUUCACAAUCGCCAUCAGUUCCUCCAUCCGCACCAAGCUCAGCUGCAUCUGCUGUUGCUUCCGCGGCACCAGAAGCUGAAGCUACAAUAGCGAUAAACUUUAUGGAUAUUCCUUUUGCAAAGGGGGAUAUUUAUCCACAAUGA